CUUUGAACUUUUGCAAGAAACUGAUAAUUUUUCAUAUUUUCUGCGAUCUGAUAAUCUAAAAUAAAUCUUAAAUUAAUUUAAUUUGGUUAAUUUAUGAAGUGAUAGUUUUCAUCGUGUAGAGUCUUUCUGUACAAGUUGUUGAGAAAAAUUGUGGAACUACGAAUCGCAGGAUGUGCGACGUAAAUGUAAUUUAGCAACAUGAAGUUUUCACAUAUAGUACCUUCUGGUAAAGAAUCAAUCGACAAUCUAACAGUUUCAUUUGAAGACGGAUUCGAAAUAAUUACUAUGUACGGGCAUAAUCAAUCAGGACAGAGUUCCAGUUUAUAUCCAUUAACUCCCAAUCUACCGUAUUCAGUUAAUCCGAGCAUCCCUACGUACGCUCCUAGUAGCACAGUUCCCACAUGUAGCCCAAUUACUGGAAAGAGUUCUCAUCCACUGGAUGGCAUUCCAUUCAAAUUAAGUCCAGCGCUAGAGAUGAGUACUUUCAAUAGCAGUGAUCCUAUACUAGAAGAUGUAAAAAAUACGCUGAAUCGUGUUGGAAAGUUACUAUACUCAGAAGAAUUCAAGUAUGAUUGUCGUCUUGAAAAAGAUGUUUUAGGAGAAAAUUGAGUUGAAUUACAACUGUUGUUAGUCAACUCAAUUUGUACGAAUAUAAUAAUAUGUAAUCAUAAGUUGUAACAAUAAGUAUUACUGUAUUUAAUUCAUAUAAUUAUAUUUAUUUUUUUGUA